AUGCUUUUCACACUGUUCCUGCUGAUCUGCUGGCUUUCCACGGUUCAGCCUGAAAUGACACCUGCCAAAAAAAUAAUUCAACAUGGAAAAGAAGAUGAAUAUGACAGAGACAUCCACUCUGUGCUGAGAGAGAUGACCGCCACGCUCGCUAAACAGGAAGUUCAAAUAAUGUACUUACAGAAAGAAAAUGAAGCUCAAACAGCAAAGCUGAAAACAACAGAGGAGAAGUUGGCUGAGUUGGACAAACUGAAACCCCAGCUGCAAGUGAAACAGGUGGCUUUCUCAGCCUCUCUGGUGGCCACAGGGCAAAGACACUUUGGACCAUUCAGUGCUCUAUAUACACUGGCCUUCAAACACGUCAUCACAAACAUUGGAAAUGCCUACAACCCAAACACAGGUGUUUUCACUGCACCGGUGAAAGGAGCCUACCACUUUGAGUUCUACAUCUACGGGUAUGGAGACGCUUCACAUGGAUCUGGUGCUAUAUUGUUCAAGAAUGGACGUCAUAUUUUUAUUGCAUAUGAGCAUCAGCCAUCGCAUACGUCAAGCUCUUCCAAUGGAGUCACGCUGAUACUAGAGGUUGGGGAUGUUGUGUAUGUACGUCAACGGGCUACAGCAAAAAUUUUUGACAGUGUAAACUGCCACACCACCUUCAGCGGUCAUCUACUGUUCACCAUGUGAGAGGAAAACAUGUGUCUUUUAAUCUGGGGUUAUUUGUUUUCAUUUUCACCUUUUUUGUCUUUCAGUAGAUAUUUGACAUAUUUCAGUGGUAUUACACUGAAAAUGCUCACAGGCCUCAGAGACAACAGUCAGAUUGUAGAUAUUCCAGUUCUGUUUCAUUACUGUAAGUAUUUGGUUGUAGACAUUCGUUACAGUCAAUACCUCUUAAACUUUAGUUGAACAUGUUGACACGGCAGCAGUGAGUCAGCAUUUACUGAUGGAUGUAAUUUCAUCUGUUAUAUAUGAAAUCUGGAUGAUAAACCAGUGCUGCCACGUCUUGAUUUAAAGGGAAACUUGAGUUAUUGUUGUGUUUGAAGGGAAUCUUUAAUACUUGCUUUAUUUGAAACAUUCUAAAAUGUUCAGAUCAGUGACACAAUGUAUUUACAUGUUGUUUGUCCAACCAGUUCUAAACCACUCCACAUUCACUGUCUGAUGGUUCUUUUUGUUUGGUUUCACUUUUUCCUAAAAUAGAGUUUAAUCAACAUGAACAAUUCCUGUGUUUAUAGAAUACUUUAUAAUCAAUCAUUGGUCGUGUUUAAAUUUUUUUUAAGGCUUUUUCUCAAAAUUAUAGGAAGUCUCACUUACUGGACUGUUUUUACUUAUAAUAAUAAACAUAAUUUUCUGAUGUGUCU